CACAGCAAAAUUGUUUUCAUUUAUUCUAUUUUACCUACGUGACUUUACCGAUAAAACCAAAGAGUAUGAAUCCUUGCAGUCACGAAAGCUUCAAAUCUAGAAUUGGAUGCCUUGCAUGUUCAACGUGUGGACAACUCCACGCUCCGUCAGUUUGCGCUCCAUUCCGCGUCGCGGUUCGUGCCUUGCACAGCUUGAUGCGCGCGGUGCUCUGCUCCAUGUUCCUUCACGCUGUGCUCCAUGCCGUGUUUUUUAAAAAAAAAUCUAAUCUUACAUAGCGCAGAUAGCGCGCAAAGUUGCGUCUCACAUUCGCUGAGUAAGAACCAGACACGCUGGAGGGCUUCCAGGCGUGCGUUGAGCCGGCGCCAACACUUUUCCCGAUGCUUUCGGUCAAUUAGCGAGUCCUAACACGUGGGAGGAAACCGGAGCGCCCGGAGUGGACUCACGUAUAUGCGAGGGGGGCGACAUUCAGGAGCGCGUUCCACUAAACUACUGCACGUGUGUAUGCGCUGUGCGUUGAACUUCUUUCGCACCGUACGUAGCCAAAUCGCGCGAAUCGAAACUUGAAGCGGAAUUAAAUGCGUGUCGUCUCAUUGACGAGCGUGUCGAGUUUGUAUUUGCUAAUGUUGCAUGUGCACCAUUGCCAACUCGGCGUGCAUUUAAUAAAUGUUAAAAUUUCCCGUGCGUGAGGAAGCUAGUAAUAAAAAAAUAUACGAACCCACUCGCCUGAGACCUAAAUUCAUUGGUAAAUAUACAAAGCCACCGGCUGAUGCGCGAGUCAACUGCAAAAUACAAACGGUGCCCCCUCUGCCUGCACGCAUGCGAGCCAGUAAAUAUAAACGCGACUCCCCCAUGCCCAAGCAAAUUGGGUAAUGUAAUGGCUCGUGCGUAAGCGAACUGGCAAAUUGUAAAGUAGCCCCGUGGGCGGAUCCGCUGUGGGAAAUCUCGAGGGCGGUGGACCAUGCCCACGCAAACUGGGAAAUGUAAUUACUCGUGCGUAAGCGCAUUGGCAAAUACAAAGCGGCCUUUUAUCCGCUGUGGGAAAUCUCGAGGGCGGUGGACCGCGACCACGUGACGCGCGGCCGUGCUGGUGACGCCGCCGCCAUCUUGAGGCGUCCAGUUCGCGGGAUUUGAGUCGCCGAAGGCUGUCGCGACCCCCCUCGCCGCGUUGUUGAUUCUCGCGGCCACCCCGGGGCUUCGUCUCGGCCGCCCGCACACCUCCAACCGACAGUUGGCCAUGGCAGACGGGGAGCCACCCGCCAAGCGGGUGCGUCUUUCUGACGACGAGUUGCGCGCCAUGUCGAGGGAAGACCUCUUCGUGAGGUGGAAGCAGCAGGAGGGAUACCUCAGGACCCUGGAGUCGAAGCUCGCAGAUCUCAACUCGAGCGACGUGACUGGCCUGCGCGAGUCCGAGGAGCGGCUCAAGCACCAGCAGCAGGAGUCGUUGCGCCGGGAGAACAUCCUGGUGAUGCGUCUCGCCACCAAGGAGCAGGAGAUGCAGGAGUGUGCGACUCAGAUCGCUUCGCUCAAGCAGGGUCAGCUGUCGAGCGCCUCUCACCUGCGCUCCUGUCUCGUGGACCCGGCCGUCAACCUGCUCUUCACCAAAAUGAAGUCUGAGCUGCAGCAGAGCAAAGACAAACUGCAGCAGGCCCACGAUGAACUGAGUGCCUGGAAGUUUACGCCCGAUAGGUAACACACCAAAACGUUUUAAAAAAAAACAAACAAAAACAAAACGAUCGUCUUGCCCCGCAGACUCUUCUGGCGUAAGAGCGGCGGGGGUGGGGGGGGAGGGCGGGUGGUGGUAGCCGCCUCUCCUCCGGUGGCCCCACCCGCGAUGGAGGACCCGGCCGCGCUGGCUCCACCGCCGCCACCUGCAGCGCUCGAGGGUUGUGUUUCUCGUACGAAACGACGGACACACGAACACAGCCGUUGUGUCGCCGGCCUCGGGAGCGCCGGUUCAUCUGUUGACUCGCUUUUUCCUCCCCUCACAGGAAAACGCAGACACGCGACAAAAAACCCCCACGGUUGUGUAUAACGUGUAACUCUGUAGCAUUAAUCUGCCUGUAAAAGCUAUCCCAAACUAUAAUUUUAAUUGACUCUUGGUCGCACCUGCUUUGCUCACCGGCAGUGAAGAACACUUAUCGCAAAGACUGAAAUUUUGAAAGGGCCACUGUGCACACUCAUAGACUCCACAGACUUGUAGCCGUAACGCCUCUAAAGCAGCAGCGGCGGUUGCUGCGUCUCUAGUGCCGCAGAGGAGGAAGCGGAGGUUACUUUCGCCUUUUUUGGCGUGCAAACUGUUAAGCGUCCGCAUUAAAAGGGGCAACAGAAGUAGUCGCGAUCACCUCAAACCCAGCAUCAAGAUCACCACCGAUUCAUUUGUGGCGGCUGAACGCUUAGGCGAGACGUCACACUAAAGCUCCUAAGCGUUCCGCCUUCGAGCACGCCUUCCCGCUCGCUCCACUGACUCUGUCCUGAUUGACUGAACUGUGGGCUCGCGGGCUUAGCUCAGGCAGUCUCGCUUGCCGAUUCCUCCCUGAACGAUUCAACAGGUAUAACGAACGAACGUGCAUUCACCAAAAUUAACAUCAUGACAUCGUUUCCUCUGAAAAUUUCCUGUGGCUCGUGUUGGAUGUACGUGGAGACGGUCUCUUGUGGUUUAAGUUCCUGAAGGUGCAGAUCUAUUUAUGUGUGUGUGGGAAUUUAAGUGGGCAAGGGCUGCACGUUUGACCACUUCAUUUAAAAAUAAUAAUCUCAACGCAUUGUUUAAUGAUAGACUUUGGAUGAGUUAAAUCAACCAGUGGUGCCAAACACCUGUUAAUUGUCCUGAUAAGGUACAUUACCGAUUAAUUUUAUUAACGAGGGUUGCUCACCCGGUUAAAUAAAUGUAAAUGCUGUCUGUAUAAGCAUGGUUGCUCUGAGUUUUGCAAGAGGGAAGUGGUGAAACGUGUAUAUGUGGGCGCUUGUAAGUAGCGAUUUUGAGUCAGUACUAAAUGCUUGCAUUUAUGUAGAUUAAUUUAAGUAUUAUUUUUCUUAAGUUGGCAUGUUUUGUGUUUUUUAUUUCACCUUUUAUUGCAGCUGGAAAACAUCUACCGAGUAAUUGCACUUGUUGAGGGAUUAAUGGUUAAAAAAAACUAAUGAGUCUCAGUUAAAACUGUAAAAAACAUUUUAAAGGAAGUUUUACCAUUCAAGUUGCUAGUGUAACAUGUGAGGGGGAUGUGCAUGUCUUCUGUUUUAAUGGGGAGCGGUGGCACAGUCAUUAGCGCACUACGUUACGAACCCGGCGACCCGAGUUCGAUUCCCACUCGUGACCUAUAACUGUGGUGAAAAUGUGAACUAGUCCUGAGCCUCCCCGAGGUAGACUCGGCCUUAAAUGAGUACCUGGUGUGAAGUGUAAGCAUCAGCACUGGGGAGACGGAGGCGGCCGGGCGUGGUGUUGGCCACCCACCCUCUCGUGCGCCUUGCCGGCCUUUAUAGGUGCUCGCUAAGAGCAAUUGCCCCAACAUUCUGUUAAAGGCUACGUGGGGGAUUUUUGAUGUUUUUGUUCUGUGGCACCGCGUGUUGGCUGUCCAUCGCAAUGUUGAUAAAUGCAGUCACAGUAAUGUCUCCCGUGAAGGCGAUGUAACAUUAUGGUACACACUUGUAAGAUCCUCUCAGUCAUAAUUGACAGCCCAUUGUUGCAAGAUGGUCUCCCCAUGCCAAGUCGGGCAUUGGGGGUUGUGUUCCAUUGUAUGUAAGAUCUACUUUCUAAAGAGUCGCGUAAAUUGGAGCAAGGGGUAGUCAAACUCACGUUAACGUGUUGCGCUGUUUAACCAUCCGUGCUGCAGAGUAUUAACUCGUCCCAUUAAUAUUGUCAAAAGAAAAAGUACGAAUCGUACAAAGUUAAAUCUCCACCUGCUUUUUUUUUUCCUCUAUGCAGGCAGUUAAAACGAAAAUGUUGUCUGGGCUGAAACGCGGCCGUGCUCGAGUUUUAAUUUUGUGACAGGCUGCACCAAGCGCUGACGAUAAACAACCGCUGUGGUCGCCGCGCCAAGGCAUGCAUUGCCCGUCGACUAA